AUGGGUGUGGUGAUGGGAAAGGAUGAGAAGGUGAAUAUCCCGCAUCUUUACAUGAAGUUGGCGAUGGAUUUGGAGAAGCUUCAGAAUUACCCAUGGGGUCUGUAUUCGUUUGAUUUCCUUCUGAAGCAAAUUGAUAAAACAAGGCAUAAAUUAGAGCAGAAAGAGGGGUAUCUGAUGGAAGGAUUCUUGUUUGGUUUCCAAAUUUGGAUAAUGGAAGCUGUUCCUGCUUUAGGAGAGAUUUGUGGCACAAAAAUCAGUAAAAAUUUUACAGGUCCACUGUGUGGUAAUUGGAGAGGAUGUGCAAAAUGUUCUUAUGAAGAUAUCAUUGGCGUUGAGAACUUAUUCCCAGAAAACGGGAUUUUGCAUUCAUUCAUGGAAUCCCACAUAGAUGGAGUGGUCCUUUUGGCAACUGAUUUUGUACAGAAGGAUGAGAAGAAAGAUGAAAGAGUAGAUCAUAUUUUAGAUAUGAUCAAUAGUAAACAUGAUUGGAACAAUCAUGUUUGGGGAGUAAAAGAAGCUACAAACUCUGAAUUUGAGGAAUCUGGCGAAGAGAAAGGAGAUGAUCAAAGAGCUGAUACUGAGAGAGGUGAAAAUAGUCAUGUUGCAGGGAAUGUUGAUGGCACAGCUGAUGUUUCGGGAAGAAACAAGAGAAAGCAUGCAGACCGAGGAGCAGAGUCAAGGAAGAAGAAUGUUUUGUGCCACCUAGCUGCUUCAUCAAAAGGAAAUAUUGACACAGAUAUGAAAAAUUUCUUGGAGGAUCUGGUACAAGCUUCUUUUACUACUUUUGGGGAGAAAUUCUGUCAGCAGUUCUCGGACAGGUUGGGUAAGAUUGAGACUGAGGUUACACAACUCAGGACAGCUUCAGAGAGAACUGAGCAAUUUGAGACCGUUGUAACCGACAGAUUGGGGAAAAUUGAGGCUGAGGUUACACAGCUCAGGACAAGUUUAGUGGUGACUGAAUUGGUGGGAAAGAGUGAUCAAGCAAGCGGUCCUAGCUUGACCAAAAUCAACAGUGGUCCUAGCACCAGCAAAAAAGGCACUGCUCCAUCAAAGAAAAAGGUAACUACUAAGAGAAAGAGUUAA